AUGACCACAAACGACCCAACUGUGACCAUCAGUGACGCCGCCGAUGAAGCCCAGAACACUGCAUCAAUUGUUGAAGCAGUGUUACAGGUGGCCCGUAUCACAAAUGACGCAUCACGUUACAAUCAAAUCGUUAGUGCCUUGGACACUGAUGCAAUGUUACAGCUAGCGGACUUUCUGCAGAAUCCACCAGAGAUCGACAAGUACGCGAAGCUGAAGGACGAGAUAUUGAAGCGGUUUUCAGAAUCCAGUGACCGAGCGCUUACGGAGGUUCAACUCGAUGAUAAGAAACCUAGCCAGCUCCUGCGCCCGCUCAGAAUUCUCAUGGGCGACAGGGCCUCAGAGGACUUACUGCGUAUAAAAUGGUUGGCAUUGUUACCACCAUCAACCAGCCGGUGUCUCAAAGUACUCAGAGAUGCCCCUCCAGAUGAGCUUGCUGAAGUUGCAAACGAGCUAAUGGAAAACCAGGCUGGCCAUUCCGUUACGGCUACACAUCUCCAGCCUGCCCAGGCAGCACACAGGGGCGAUAAAUUUGAAAAUACUCUGCUCACCAGCAUGGCAAAGGACUUGUCAGGCCUUAAACUUGCCAUAGCCGACCUGAUGACCUGUAUCAAGGACCAGGGAAUUUCUCGAGACCGACCCCAACCUGCAUCUGGCAGUUUCCAUGCAGUUAUCAUCGAAGGAAGAGCCAGCCUCAAACAAUAA